UUAUGCGUUUGUGAGUUUGAAACACGAACUUGAAGCAAGCACUAGUGCAGAAAUGAUAAUGACUCUCUGCUUACAAGGCAAAACACGAUGAAGCAAACAAUGAUUGUGUUCAACGUCUGCAAGGCUGAAUAUUCUACCCUUACAGAGUAGCCACUUUUCUGGAAAUGUUAAUUUCAGUCUGCAACGACUCAUUCUGUUUUCUUUAAUAAGUUCAAUGACUCAUUGUUAAUAGUAAGGUAAUGAUUCCAAUUUAAACCAUUAAAAAGUCCAUCUCGAAUGUGACUUAGGAGCUUAGCAGCUGGCCAAAAGAGGACCCCAUAGUGCAAGUUCCUAUAAAAAAGAGUGAUAUUCCAAUGAUUUGGCCCCUCCCCGAAGUUUAUUUCUCUCAAACGAGUCAAGAUCAAUCCACCUACAUAUAUAUGUAUACACGCACGUAUAUAUAAGUUAAUAAUCAAUCCAUCUCUGUCUCUUUCCAUCCAUCGUUCCUAGUAGAAGAAGGCGUUUCUUCGGCGGAGGCAUGCCGGAAGGCGGCGGCGGAUGUUGCAGAUGCUGCUGCAGCUUCAUAUUUACGUCCGGCCUCACCGCCCUCUUCAUGUGGCUAAGCCUACGCACCUCCAAACCCACUUGCUCCAUCCAAGACUUUUAUAUUCCUGCCCUCAACAGAUCCGAUAAUUCCACUGCCACCAGGAACAACCACACCAUACGUUUCGAUCUCAAGCUCGACAACGGCAUGAAAGACAAAGGCGUACACUAUGCUAACAUCAGCUUGACCUUUUUCUACAACUCUACCCUCCCCAUCGCCAACUUCACCGUGCCGGAGUUCUACCAAGGACACAACAAAAACACUCACCGGCGAGCCUUGGUGGACGCCAGUGGCCUGCCGUGGGCGGACGCGCGUGACGCCGUUGCCAACGGUUCGACGGUGAGUUUCAGGGUGAGAUUGGCUACCAGGGUGAAGUUUAAGAUCAUGGUUUGGUACACGAAGAGGCACAGCUUAGUGGUAGGUAGUGAUGUGGUGGUCAACGACUCGGGGCAGAAGGUCAACCGGAAAGGGAUUAAACUAAAGUCCGGGGCCCCGGAUCCGGCUACCCAAUGGGUGCGGCUGCUCUCAUUUCUCAUUUUCACUUUCUUGAUCAUUUUAUUCUUGUAAAACAAUGAGAUCUUCUUUGGUAUUAUUUUCAAUUGUAUACUAAUUUAAAUUGUAAGAUUAUAUUUGACGAGAUUUUAUUUGUGGAAUAUGAUCAUAAGUUGUAUUCUGUUA